AUGAAUGACACGUCAUCCGGACAUCAGUAAGUUUAUAACAUUUGAAGGGAACCGACUCUCAAAAUGCUUCAGAUUGAGUCCGAAAAUGAUUCGAGCACUAAUUAGAUUUCAUAAAAGUUUGGAGAAUCGGCCGACACAAGCGGUCAGCUGGUACAAAGGCAUUGUGGAUUACUGUAGAGGUAUCCAAAGAGUUAAAGGCGCACGUGGUGGUCGUCGGAUUUCAGAAAACGACGAUAUUACGGUAGUGGAGGAUUGCGCGCAAGUGCUGGCCGAAUACAUCAAAAAGUCGAGUUUGUGGAAGCAGCGGGCGAUGGUCGAGACGGUGCGUUUCAGUGACUCAUUUCACUUGAAAAGAACACUGACGCGUUUUCGGUGCCCUUCUUUUCUAAUAUUGUUCUUUUCUUCGAAGCUCUCUCUCUCUCUCUCUCCCAACCAUUUGUAAAGUGUUUUCAGCUUCAAAAACUUGCGUUUCCCAAAAAAGUGUUCAUUGUGAAACAUUUCGCAGACUUUAAUUCUGCCGGCAUCUCGGUCGAUUACCUGCUCUCCUGCCCGGUCUCUUUCAAUGAAAUUGCCGUUUUCCAAAAGUCGAGUAAGUUGGGAAAUCUGAAAAGUUUCGAAAGAUUGCAGCGGACUCAGAACGGAUGACGUCAUCGAUGGUGUUCGGAGAGAAUUCUUUCGGGAAAUUGGGAGUGUGCGAGGAGAGAGUGCGCGAACUGACGCCUUUCGAUUUUGAUGUAACACACUGUGCAAAGCUAUUCACUGUCAAACUGUUCAGUUCAAAUUGGGAUUCCAUGGCAAAAACCAUACAAUAUUCUGGCGGAAAUUCACCGGAGAACUGUGGGCUUGUGGCAAGGCGGACAACUUUCUCGUGGAUCCUUUAGUGACUCCAGAAUACUACAGUAGUCCCGUAAAGUUGGACUACAUCAACCUCAAGGUACCGUAUAUUUAGAAGGAUUGAAAAAUGAACAACUUUAGACGGAGAAACCGAUAAUAGAAGUUGGUGAAAACUACACGAAAUUUGUGAAUUACACGAACGAGAAGACGCUGUUCGUCGGCAAUUCGGAAGAGCGACAGAGACUGAAGGAUUGCGAAGAGUUGCGAGAAUUGGAAGAGGACAAUAAUUGGAUGAUUACGCGAGGAAACUCAACGAUCAACAGACCCAAAGUUCAGUGCCAACGUGCAAUUCGAUGGGAACACUGUGAAUGUACGUGAUUAAUCGUCUUGUAGGACAUUGAUCCCAAAAAAUCGGUUUUGACAGGUCGAAGUGAGCAGUUUUGUGUGGAAGUGUGAAGAAAUUGGGAAGAACGGACGGAUAAUAUUCUAUUUUUGUGGCAAAAGAGUGCCGAAAUUGAUGCACAUGCAAGUCUGCCAAGAUGGUACUUUAUCGAAGAAGUUGCUUCGAUAGAUUUCUCUUUUUUGAAGGCACCGUUUGGUAUCGUGACAGAGAGACGCUCUUCCGAGGACGUCUUCAUUUCGCAGUGGAUUCUGAAGACGUUCAACUGGUCGCUUCGCUCAACGAAGUUCCGUUUCCCUUCAAAACCGUCGGGUUGUCCGUGGCGCCGACGCGCAGUCAUUGAUCCUACAGACCAAUCCGAAGAACGCUCACAUCGAAGAACUGCAUCCACGUCAUCAGAUGGACUACUCCGUGUUCACUCUUCUCACAUUCCACCCGUGGGCCGAGUAUCUCGACGGGAUCGAGACGUCCGUGAAGAAGUUGGACGCCGUGGAACAGUUUCUGAACGACCAGUACCAGAAAUGCUUCAACGAAUACGGUAGGUGGCUGUAGAUACUGUAGGCCCUUUAUGACUAGUUUUCAGGAAUGAUUAUCGAUGAACUGGAGACGCUCACUGCCAUUGAUCAUCUUUAUCAGCUGAUCCGUGUGGGACCGGGGCAGAAGCUGCCGGGACUGCUGGUCGAGUUGGCCGAGUAUGGAAAUGAUAAAUUCGCGCAGCUUCUCGUCGCUGAGCGUUUUUGUAGAGAUGUGAAGAAGUCGGAGGACUUGAGGAUCAUGAUCAAGGGGGAUAAGGAGCAAAUGUACAAGGGAACCAAUAGUUCUAAAUAUAAUCAAACUGUUUUUUCAGAGCUCGAGAAGCGCAACUCAAAUAUGAGCACAAAAUCUCAGUGAUUCGAAGCGGGCUUCAGUUGGUUCAGACUUUAGGUCUUCCAAGUGAUCAUGAAGGCAUUUGGACGUAAGUCACUCUCAGAUUACUGUAACUCCUCUUCAUUUUUCAGUUACACCAAGUACGCGGACUUUAUCGGCUACUUCAAAGAGCGUCACAAGUUGAGCAAAGGAAGAUUCGAGACGAAGCUCAAUAUGACGGCGUGCUUCCAAACGAGGGACAUCGGACGGAUCAUCGAGAGACGGAACAUCGGCACCGAAGUGAUCGGGGAGCUGGUGAAGGUGCAGGCGGUCGGGCAUCGGAGUGACAAGACCAAAAUGAACCAUUUCUACAUUUAUCCGUGCAUUUUCUACGUGCUCAGGACACUGGUCGUGUCGAUGGAUCUGAUAAAGUACGUGGAUGAGAACAACGUGAUCGACUUGAAUUCGGCAUGCGAUCAAGACGUCGACAAUACUCGAUUUGUGGGUUAUAUCGAGGAUUUGAGUGGGUGCGAGCAUCCCAAGGAUUUCAAAGUUUACAAGCGGUGAGAUAGCUGGAAAUCUUGGUAACUUGGAAUAUUUCAGUCGAAUUCUCCUCGAAGACAUCGUCCGAUCGUAUCCGGAAGUGUAUUCAAUUCAAGCAUCGGAUCGUACCGUCCGAGUUCCAAAACUGCUAUUCCGUAUUUUCUCCACUCAUUUUUCGAUGAAAAACUCAAAGAGCUCAAAUUCCCAAAUGUUUCCGGUGCGGUUCUGGAGAUGGCAAUGGAAUCGCUGGUCGAUAUGAGAGAGAUGCUGAGUGCGUGCACGGAUACGGUAGGCAAUCAAUCAACGAAAGUUCAGAAUGUGUCCGGUUUUUCAGAAGUACAAAGUGUACGUGUUCUACUGUGAAACCUACUUUUUGGAAGCCGCAGCAGAUGUGAUGAAGCUGAUUGUGUUGACUGGUAAACCUUUUAUUCAAAACGAUAUAUCUGAGCUGCUUGUGAAGAUAACAAAGUUGUCAGUAAUAAAUUGCUCAUUGAAAUCUUGUGCACAUUUUAUCAGUUUACCACUUUUUGAUAUCUCAACAGACAGCUGAGAUAUAUCGGUUUUACGAAAAUCAUAAUCGUAUUUCAGGAAACGAAGAGGACGUGCACGUCUUCCACCGCCUCUUCAGUUUCCAUCCCGAGGAAAUGGUGAACAACGUGGCCAAAUACCGUCCGGAGAUGCUCUUUUUGUGGCAGACGCUGCCGCUGCCAGCUCCGCCGAUUCCGUUUAUUGAGAAGUUUGGAGCGCUCGGCAAGACUUUAGAAAAGAAUUUAAAUUUCAGAAUAUAUCGAGUGAUUCUUCGCAAAAGAUAUUCGAAAUCCGAGAGUCAGAAGCCGUUGAUAAUGAUCGAGGGACCGGUGAUGGGCAGCCGAACGACGGAGAACUGGCUGCGAGGGUUCUUCACGAAUCGGGAGGAGGACGUGGAGAAGGAUAUUGAGGCGCAUUUUAAGGUUGACACUUUCGGGGAGGAAAAUCUAAUGGAGAAAUUUCAGAAGUAUCUACAAGAAUAG